GGUCUAUUGACUUCUAUCCUUCCAAAGUCUAACGCGUAGCUUGCUAUAUAUAGCCAACGACGACACGCGUCAUUCUUUUCUGGUCUUCGUCUCCAAUGUGCCCUUCUCCGGCCAUUCUUUUGCACAAAAUCGUCGAUUUGAACGGCCCAUUCACGCGAAUUUGAAAGCUAAUCCACUCAUUUGCUAUAUUUGCUCUUCAAUUUAAGCUUAGCUACGCUAUACCGAUUUCUUCGAUUCUUGCUCCUGGUAAGAAUCCUUUUUUUCUUCUUUGUUUGAUUGUUUAAUCUCCAUACAUGCAGUCUUCAUAAGUUCGCAAAUAUCGACUGCAGAAACCUUCCCAGUUGUUUGAAAUUUGUGGGUUUUCCCCUAAAUUUCUGAAGCGUCUGCCUUGACCUUCAAGUUUUCAUCUUUUUCCUUUGGGAUGUCUUGAUUUUGAUUGCUUCUGUAUUGACUUUUUUAGGGUUUCUGUGCUGAUUUGAUCGCCGGGGUUUGUGUAGCAGCAAGCUCUGGUUUGAUUGGGAAAUAAUUGAUCAGUUGCAUGGUGCUUUGACCGUGGUUUGUUUCUCGUUUAAAGGGCCGGAGAUGAAUUUCUAGGGUUCGAAAUUAUUGGGCCUUUUCAAGUAUUUCUUUGUUUUUUGUACAGAAGUUAGUUUAUUAUAAUUUAUAAGCAUCUGAGACGUAGUCAGAUGGGAGAGAUUGUUAGAACUAUGGGUGCAUUUCUAGAGGGUUAGAAGAUCUAAGCCUUUCUCGUUGAUUCAUAGCCUGAACUUAAUUUGUUUUUUUGUUUCCUGCAAAAAAAAAUGUCUUCGGGUGUUGCUAUUAGUCCGGUUCCCAAUGAGUCUAUACUUCCUCCCGAUUAUUUCCAUAGCCAGGCACGCAGUAUAUCUAGCGAGUCCAUCCUGAUUUAUCUGGCUUUGUCGGGUUCUGUGAUUCCAAUGCGUGUUUUGGAGUCGGAUUCAAUUGAGUCUGUGAAACUUAGGAUUCAAACCUGUAUAGGGUCUGUGGUGAGGAAUCAGAAGUUGGUUUGUGGAGGGAGAGAACUAGCCCGGAACAACUGUCUUGUUCGGGAGUAUGGGGUCACUGAUGGGAAUGUUCUGCAUUUGGUUCUCCGGCUAUCUGAUCUUCAGGUCAUCAGUGUGAAGACUGCCUGUGGAAAAGAAUUUACUUUCCAUGUUGAACGGUCUCGAGAUGUUGGGUAUGUCAAACAGCAGAUUGCUAAGAAGGGGAAAGGUUUAGUUGAUGAGGAUCAGGAAGUCAUAUGUAAUGGUGAGCAGCUCGAAGACCAGAGACUUAUUGACGAUAUCUCCAAACACAGUGAUGCCGUUAUACACUUGCUAGUUCGGAAACCUGCUAAAGUUCGCCCUAAGCAUGUUGAGAAAAAUCUCGAACUGUCCAUUGUGGCAUCACAAUUGAGUGAAGGGAAAAAUGAAAAUGAUGAAACAGUUAGAGAUGCUGGAAGCCAGACUUGUACACAGAAAGUUCUUCUUGUGCCAAUAAAGCCACCAGAUAGAAGUUUCCAUUUGGAGCCAGUUGUUGUUAAUCCCAAGAUUGAUUUACCUUCUGUGAUUAUGGAUUUGAUCAACUCAACAUUUGAUGGGUUGAGUAAGGGAAACUAUCCAAUCAGAUCCUCAGAGGGCACAGGAGGUGCAUAUUUCAUGCCAAAUUCAUUUGGGGACAAGUACAUCUCUGUUUUUAAGCCAAUGGAUGAAGAGCCAAUGGCCAUGAACAACCCUCGAGGACUACCCCUGUCACAAUAUGGCGAAGGCUUAAAGAAGGGUACCAAAGUUGGAGAGGGAGCAUUUAGGGAAGUUGCAGCUUACAUAUUGGAUCAUCCAAUGGGUGGCCACCGUUCAUUUUGCAGCAUGGAGAAGGGUUUUGCUGGGGUUCCUCCUACAACUAUGGUAAAGUGCCUGCAUAAAGGAUUUAACCACCCAGGGAAUGUAACCAUCAAGAUUGGGUCCUUGCAGAUGUUCAUGGAAAAUGAUGGAAGUUGUGAGGACUUGGGUCCUGGGGCUUUCCCAGUGUCGGAGGUUCAUAAAAUCUCUGUGUUGGACAUAAGGUUGGCAAAUGCUGAUAGGCAUACUGGGAAUAUUUUAUUCCGCAAGUCGGAAGAAGAUGGCCGGACAAUACUGAUUCCUAUUGAUCAUGGGUACUGCUUACCCGAAACUUUUGAAGAUUGCACAUUUGAUUGGCUCUACUGGCCACAAGCUCGCCAGCCCUACUCCCCUGACACCAUUGACUACAUCAAGUCACUGGAUGCGGAAGAAGACAUUGCCAUUCUGAAGUUCUAUGGGUGGAACUUGCCUCUCGAGUGUGCUCGCAUCCUCCGCAUCUCUACCAUGCUUCUAAAGAAAGGGGUGGAGAGAGGGCUCACCCCCUUCUCCAUUGGAAGCAUCAUGUGCAGAGAAACAUUGACGAAAGAAUCCAUGAUCGAGGAGAUUGUCCAAGAAGCUCAUGACUCCGUCCUUCCAGGCACCAGUGAGGCAGUGUUUCUUGAAUCUGUAUCCUGUGUUAUGGAUCGCCGUCUUGAUGAAAUUGCAGAAAAAUUGUAGGUAUAUAUUUCUUUUGUGGCAUAUAUAUUAUUGUUAUUGGGCAUACAUAGAUAUGUAUGGAUCAACCUUAUAUCCAUACAUUUUAAGCCAAGAAGAAAUUUCUUUAUUUUCAUGUGACUGCAAAUUCUUUCAUAUGUUGUUUGGAAAUGUAUCAAGAUACUGAACAAAAGUUAUGAAUCUUGAACAUAUAAUUUGCUGGAUUAUGGAUACUUUAAAUUUGUAUUGAAGGCGGAAAAUAAUAUGUAUUUUUAUGUCUGGUCUAA